AUGAAUGGUUUGGGAGUGGGCGGAUCCCAGAGCCCAGAUUUGGUCAACACGGCCAACGCGUUACUAUACGCCUUGAUGACAGUGACCUGUUUCGCUGGUCCACUCGUCACCAAUGCGAUCGGCUUUCGCUGGACCCUGACAUUGGGGUCACUUGGAUACCCACUCUACGCAGCGGGCUUGUAUUUGAACAAUCGAACUGGCGCAACAUGGCUUGUGUAUGUCGGUUGUGUCACUUGCGGCAUCAGCGCCGGUUUCUUUUGGAGUGUUGAGGGUGCCGUCGCCACAGGGUACCCCGAGCAACACAAGCGUGGCCGCUACAUUGCAACCUGGUUCACGUUCCGUAAUUUUGGCAAUAUCAUUGGUGGUACGGUCUCUUUGGGGAUAAACCACAGCGUCAACCACCGCGGCCAGGUUGGGUACCAGACGUAUCUCGCUUUCAUUGCCAUCCAAUGUCUUGGACUGGUCAUUGGGCCUCUCCUGUCAAACCCAGAGAAAGUGCAAAGAGACGAUGGAACGCGUAUCGAGGCCCCCCGCGGUAUCCACUGGCGUGACGAGCUCCGCGCGAUGUGGCGACUGGCAAGGAGUAGAUCGAUCUUGCUCCUUGUCCCGCUGUUCUGGUAUUUCGGGUGGAUCCAGGCAUACCCUGGCACAUAUCUUGCGACCUAUUUCACUGUUCGCGCUCGCGCACUCGGAAGCUUCAUGUCCGCGGUUGUGGGAACGCUGGCGACUUGGUUGGGUGGAUCGUUAGUGGAUCUGCCUUGGUUGAAGAAUCGGAAGCACAGAGCAGUUGUCACAUUCAUCGUGAUUGCACUCAUGAACAGUGCGACCUGGAUCUGGGCGGUCAUCAUUCAGAACGAGUACCGACAUACCAACCCUGUGUUGGACUGGGGCGAUCAGAGCUCCUUCGGUCGUGGCUUUGGCCUGUAUCUCUUUGAACGCAUCAGUCUGGGCUUGGUCGAGAACUAUAUAUACUGGUGUAUCGGAAAUCUCUCGGACUCCCCUGGCGAUCAAAUUCGAUACAGUUCAUUGCUUCGAGGUAUCGAAACGGCUGCAGUUGCGGUUGGAUUUGGCGUUCAGGCUGUGCCGACAGUGUUGAUUGCAACGGCGAGUAUUAAUCUCGGCCUUUGGUUCAUCGCCUUGCCUUUCAGUUAUUAUGCCACUCUUCAAGUCGUUCGAAAGUUCGAAUUAUUAGAUAAAGGAAAGCAGAGUCCGGAUGGAAGCGAUAGAGUGGCCGAACAGGUGGCUGAACGAUAA